AUGGCAUCAGAAGACGAAUUCCAGCUCUUCACAUCCCUCAGAUACGAUCCGUUACUGCUCCAGUCAGAGGAAAACUCAAGAGCCAUCUUGAACUUCGUCACGCCAUCACCUUUCUACAUGCUCGCAUACCACCGAGACCGGAUGGUGGAAGCCGCACAGCACUUUGACUUUUUCGAAGUCGAGAAAAGACUGAAAGACGGGAAGGCUUUACAUGAGGAACUGUUGAAGCGAGUGCAAGACGAGAUCAAGAAAACAGGAAAAGAUGAAGCAAUGAAGCUACGCCUCUUAUUCGACAAAGCCGCCAAUCUAACUGUCGAAUUCACCCCAAUACCAGCUGUCCCCCUAUCAACCCUCUAUCCCCCAUCUCUAGACCCACCAAACCCAUCCCCACCCCACCAUCCCACCAACACCAACACCACCACCACCACAGAACCAUUCACGCCCUCCCCCCUAACAGGCGGCGCCCUCCAUCUCGGCCCCACAGACACCCUCCCAGCCGGCGAUACAUCCCAGCCCCCUCCACCCCCCGAAUGGAAAAUAGCCCUCGACACCGCCCCCACCCCCUCCUCCCCCUUCACCCUCCUCAAAACCACAAAGCGCGAAAUGUACGACCAAAGCCGCGAACGCGCCUUACCCCCUAACCCCGCAGGCCCCGCCUACCGCGAAGUCAUGCUCUACAACGAAGUCCGCGAGUUAACCGAAGGCACACUAACCUCGCUGUACCUUUUCCGCGGCGGGAGGUGGGUGACGCCGCCUGUGGGUGUGCCGUCGGGGGAAUUUUCGAGCAAGACGUUGAAGGAUGAUGGGGUGGAUGAGGGGGAGUUGAGGAAGCCUUUCGCGGGGAGGGGGGCAGAGGGGAACGAGUAG